AUGGUCAAUAUGGGCAGAGUUAGAGAUAGAGGCAGUGCUACUGGUAAUCGUAGCAUAAUGAAUCAACCUGAACAGAGUAGUGAACCAGCCAAGAUGUACUCCAAGCAUCAGGGGGAAGAAGCAGAGACUUCAGAUGUAGCUACUAGAAAAUGGCGCCUUUCAGAGUACCAACUAGCGUCUGAAGGUGUCAAACAGGCACAAUUGGCUGGAGAGUUAUUCCUUGAGCAAUUGAAGGAAAGAAACAUACCACUAGAAAGUGUUUGCAUUUGCUACUCUCCAUUUGCAAGAACAAGUCACACUGCUAAAGUUGUUGCAUCUGUUUUGAAUCUUCCAUUUGAAGGUCCUCAAUGUAAGGUGAUGGAAGAUCUCCGAGAACGGUAUUUUGGUCCUUCAUUCGAACUAAUGUCGCAUGAUAAGUAUCCUGAGAUAUGGGCACUUGACGAGAAAGAUCCAUUCAUGCAACCGGCAGGUGGAGAAAGUGCUAAUGAUGUUGCUAACCGACUUGCAAGUGCCAUGGCAAGUAUGGAGUUGGAAUUUCAAGGAUGUGCGGUACUGAUUGUGAGCCAUGGUGAUCCUUUGCAAAUCUUGCAAACAAUACUCAGUGCAGUCAAGCAACACAAUGGAUCCACUUGUGAUGACUUAUCAUCGAUGGUUCAAGCAGUCAAAAUCCCUUCAAUCUUGUCUCAGCACCGGAAGUUUGCCUUGCUUACUGGAGAGCUUCGGCAGAUUAUAUAAAUCAAUACUCUGCCAAGAAGCUAAACCUUGUGACUUUGGCAAACUAUUUUUAGUGUAGAUCCUGGAAUUAAUUUUAGCACCUGCCAAGUUGGAAAUUUGCUUGGGCAAUUGGGUAAUAUUUGUUGUCUUAUUAAUAAUCUAUGCCAUGGAAGAAGAUACGGCUUAUUGCAUUGGGAUAUUAUUUAUCAUGGUUAUUAUUUCCUGUUA